AUGUCCCCCGGGGGAGCCUCCCCAGUGGACCCGACCUCUUCAACAGGCCAGAUCCCAUUGGAACAGCCUCCAAAACUGAAAGGACGACAUCGGUUGCUGCAAAGUCUCCAACGUAUUUCAUCUUCUCCCAGCCUGACCCGACGCAGUCGCUCUGCUUCCACGGGCUACCGUCGAGAUGGGAAAGCCACUUUAUCCUGUGUGACUCUUUCGCAAUCGUCAUACACUCCUUGUCUCGGCAAUGGGAGCUCGUCUCAACUCUACGGUGGAUUGAAUGUCCGUCCAAUGACGUCUGGCCAGGCGGCCAGUCCAACGGACUAUCAUGAUGGACAUGCGAGAAUCCGUCUCGUCGGAUCGGACUCUCCAAAUGGCCUUCAGUCCAGGACCGUCCCUUUACCAACAGAUCUGAGACCAGGAUCCCGCGGAACCCCCAUAGGUGGCGAUGCACUGGAAGGCGUUGCAUCGCCAGUUCCCAAGCUUAAAAAGCCCUUUGACUUCUGGGGAAGCCUGCCUAAGGAAAUCCGAAUGCUCGUCUUCCAGUAUCUGACCCCAAAGGAAAUUGUCCUUUGUUCUGCUGUAUCCAAGGAGUGGAACAAAAUGUGCUACGAUGGGCAGCUGUGGACGAAUGUGGACACAACUGACUAUUACAGCGAUAUUCCCAGCGAUUUUCUUGUGAAACUUAUGGCAUGUGGUGGUCCCUUUGUUCGAGACCUCAACCUUCGGGGCUGUAUCCAGCUGCGAGACAAGUGGCAGUCCGAGGGCGAGCGUAUCACAGAUCUAUGCCGCAACGUAGUCAAUUUUUCGUUGGAGGGUUGUCGCAUCGAUAGAACCUCGAUCCAUUACUUUCUGCUACGGAACCCUCGUCUGGAAUACAUCAACCUCUCGGGCUUGGCCAGUGUCACAAAUUCGGCUAUGAAGAUUAUUGCCCAGUCAUGCCCACAACUUGAAAUAUUGAAUAUUUCGUGGUGUACAGGUGUAGACACUAGCGGACUGAAAAAUAUCGUACAAGCCUGCCCGAAGUUAAAGGACCUUCGCGCCAGUGAAAUUCGGGGUUUUGAAGAUAGAUCCUUUGCCCUGAAAUUGUUUGAGACAAACACCCUGGAGCGACUGAUCAUGAGUCGUACAGAACUUACAGAUGAGUUUCUGAAGACUCUUGUUCAUGGAGCUCACCCGGAGAUGGAUGUACUCAUGGAACGUCCCAUAGUGCCUCCCCGGCAGCUCAAGCACCUAGACAUCCACCAGUGCAAUCUAACAGAUGAUGGGGUGAAAACGCUCGCCUACAACGUUCCCUAUCUUGAGGGUCUGCAACUUUCGCAGUGCCCCGAACUAUCUGACGCUUCCAUUAUAGCAGUUAUUCAAACCACGCCUCUCCUCACCCAUCUCGAACUUGAGGACCUGGAAAGGCUUACUAACAAUACUCUCCUCGAGCUUGCUAAGUCGCCCUGUGCCUCUUGCCUGGAACAUCUCAAUAUCAGCUAUUGUGAGAGUCUGGGGGAUAUCGGGAUGCUUCAAGUGAUGAAGAAUUGCCCUUCCCUUCGCUCCGUUGAGAUGGACAACACGCGGGUCUCUGAUCUCACUCUGAUGGAAGCCAGUUUUCGGGUCCGCAAACGUGGAUACGACGAGAAUCUCCCUCGAAUCGGUCUGCGUCUGGUGAUCUUUGAUUGUGCCAAUGUCACUUGGGCAGGGGUAAAGGAGGUCUUGUCGAGCAAUGCUUACCUCCCUCGUUCUCGCAAAUCUCCGUCUGCUAUCUCAGUCGUCGCGCAAACUAUUACACCGAACCAGCCAGGGGCAUCCCCCAUGAUGGUUACGUCUCCAAUCACGCCUCCGCCGCCACCGCCGGUGUACCCUAAUGAAAUCAUCUAUCUCAAGUGCUUUUAUGGCUGGCAGAUGACAGUGAACGAACAUAACAAGCGAGUGCUGCGCGGGGACCUUGCAGCUGCCAAUAGACUUGAUAGGAAAUGGGCUGAUUAUAUGAUGGCCACCGAAGAAGCCGGUGUUACCGGUGCUGGGGCGAGGCGGCGACGACGACGGGCGCGUGAAGCCGAGCGGCUUUAUAAUCUAGAUGAUGAAAUUGGGACCCUUGGCGGAAGGCGUAGAAGAGCUCAAAGUGGAGGAUCCUGUACUGUUAUGUAA